UGAAAGCUGAGAAAUCCACGAGAACAACACAUCAUCUAUACAGAUGCCAUGACCAUCGAGCCAAGGCGUCGCUUGCGCACGAAGAUGGCGCCCCCUCCGAGCUAUGUGAGGAAGAGCCUCUUCAAAAUCAAGGAGAAGGCUGCCGACUACAUCGUGCUUGAGAAGGCCUUGGAUUCCCACGAGCUUGAAGAGCUUCACAAGCUCUUGAAGCGGAAGCGCCCGCAGCCCGCCAAAAUGAAGAACGAGGGAGCUGGCGAGUCCGACGACGAGCGGAAGGCACGCUAUGCAGACCGCGACUCGUCGAUCUCGUGGUUUAAAGCCGAGGUGGAAUGCCCUUUGGUAUAUCAAAGGCUUCUGUGCUUAGUAAGGGAGGCCAACACGCAUUGGCCCAUCAUCAAGGUCUGCAAGACUGGAGAACUGGAAUGCACCUACGAGGAGGUGCAGUACUCUGUCUAUGGUCCUGGGCAGCACUUCAACGCCUGGCACCAGGAUGCAUUUGUCAAAGGCAAUGAUCCCGAGGAUGCUCGACAAAUGACGGUUGUGCUCAUGCUUUCAAAGCAAAGUGAGUACACUGGCGGAAGCUUCCAAGCAAAGGUGAAAGGGCCAAGUGGGAAGAAGGUCACACGCGCCAUCUCCUUUGAUGCCGGGGAUGCCUUGAUCUUUCCAUCCAAAAGGCUGAUGCACAGGGUCUCGGUUGUUAAGACCGGCCUGCGGAAGACGUUGGUCUUCUGGGCAUGGGAAAAUGCGUCCUGUAGGUUCUACACUGACAGCAAACGCUGAAGGACGGUCUCACACGAUUCCGUCGAUCGGCCGGAAGCAUUUCGCGUCCCUAGUACCGGCCCGGUCAUGCAGUACUCGGGAGGUCUUUCCAGACGCCUGGCGAGGAA